ACAGGAAGGAAGUUCCACAGAUCGAAGGACGACUGGUGGAGAAUAGCUGUCACGACAGAGCUAGCACACCUGAUUCAACCUGUCAAUGAACCAUCAAGCCCUUGACUAGGUGAUUCAGGUGGUAGUGAAUGCGGUAGAGUCCCAGUCUAGGUAUGGAGCAGUGUGCAUGUGUGGAGCGGGAGCUGGAGAAGGUGCUCCAUAGGUUCGUCAUGUACGGACACCAGUCAGAGGAACGUCUGGACGAACUACUACGCAGCGUCUGUGAGCUACGGGGACAGCUGGUUACAUUCGGGGUACAAGAUGCAGAUCUUUCGGUGCUGUCGCAGACCAUGGCCCAGUGUUGUAAGAACAUUAAAGAAACGGUACAGCUGCUGGCCUCCAGACACAAGGACAUCCACGGCAGUGUCUCCAAAGUUGGCAAAGCUAUCGACAGGAACUUUGAUGCAGAGGUGAGUGCAGUGGUGGCAGAGACCGUGUGGGACUCACCUGAGAGACAGAAGUACCUGAGUGAGACCAUUGUGGAACACCUGUACAGACAAGGCAUGCUGAGUGUGGCAGAGGACCUAUGUCAGGAGUCUGGAGUAGUGAUUGACAUGAGCAUGAAGCAGCCGUUCUUGGAACUCAACAGGAUCCUGGAGGCCUUGAGGAUGCAGGACCUCAGACCAGCACUAGAGUGGGCAGUAACAAACCGGCAGCGCCUGCUGGACCUGAACAGUACCCUGGAGUUCAAGCUGCACCGCCUCUACUUCAUCAGCCUGUUAAACGGAGGCAUCACCAACCAGCUGGAGGCGCUACAGUACGCCAGGCACUUCCAGCCCUUCGCCUCACAGCACCAGAGAGACAUCCAGAUCCUCAUGGGUAGUCUGGUGUACCUGCGGCACGGCAUAGAGAACUCUCCCUACCGCUCUCUGUUGGAGACCAACCAGUGGGCUGACAUAUGUAACAGCUUCACCAGGGACGCCUGCGCUCUGCUGGGGCUAUCUGUAGAGUCACCUCUCAGUGUCAGUUUUGCGUCAGGCUGCAUGGCUCUGCCCGUCCUGAUGAACAUCAAACAGGUGAUUGAACAGAGACAGUGUAGUGGAGUCUGGACACACAAGGACGAGCUGCCCAUUGAGAUAGACCUGGGGAAGAAGUGCUGGUACCACUCUGUGUUCGCCUGCCCCAUCCUCCGACAGCAGACGUCAGAGAGCAACCCUCCCAUGAAGCUCAUCUGUGGACACGUCAUCUCCAGAGACGCCCUCAACAAACUCACCAACGCUGGAAAACUGAAAUGUCCCUACUGUCCCAUGGAGCAGAACCCCUCGGAUGCCAAGCAGAUCUUCUUUUGAUCCCCCAUCCUGUUUCCUGAAACCCCCUGGAAACCCCCAGGCAAAGUGGAGCUCCUUUGAGCUACAGUAGCGACCUGCUACCCCAGGACCCCUGUAAAUCCCCCAUCCUACCUCCUGAGAGAGAGAGAUCUCAAAAGGAUCAUUCAUUCAUUGACACUCAUUUGCAGCUGCCUGCAGAACUUACUAUAGGCUAAUUCUUGUUAAGGAUGUGAUGAUGCGUUAUCAUGGGGUAUCAAGUUGAGUUGUAGAGUUUUUGGACGACUGCUCUGUUCCUUGUUUCUUUCCUCUAUAUAUCCAUCUGUAGGCUUUCCUCAGAACACAGAAUCCUCUCUAUCCAUCUGUAGGCUUUCCUCAGAACACAGAAUCCUCUCUAUCCAUCUGUAGGCUUUCCUCAGAACACAGAAUCCUCUAUAUAUCCAUCUGUAGGCUUUCCUCAGAACACAGAAUCCUCUAUUUAUCCAUCUGUAGGCUUUCCUCAGAACACAGAAUCCUCUAUAUAUCCAUCUGUAGGCUUUCCUCAGAACACAGAAUCCUCUAUUUAUCCAUCUGUAGGCUUUCCUCAGAACACAGAAUCCUCUAUAUAUCCAUCUGUAGGCUUUCCUCAGAACACAGAAUUCUCUAUCCAUCUGUAGGCUUUCCUCAGAACACAGAAUCCUCUAUUUAUCCAUCUGUAGGCUUUCCUCAGAACACAGAAUCCUCUAUAUAUCCAUCUGUAGGCUUUCCUCAGAACACAGAAUCCUCUAUAUAUCCAUCUGUAGCCUUUCCUCAGAACACAGAAUCCUCUAUAUAUCCAUCUGUAGACUUUCCUCAGAACACAAUCCUCUAUAUAUCCAUCUGUAGGCUUUCCUCAGAACACAGAAUCCUCUAUAUAUCCAUCUGUAGGCUUUCCUCAGAACACAGAAUUCUCUAUCCAUCUGUAGCCUUUCCUCAGAACACAGAAUCCUCUCUAUCCAUCUGUAGGCUUUCCUCAGAACACAGAAUGGUCGGUUGAAUGGAUGUUAGGUGAUGUGACAUGGUUUUUAGGAAGUUGUCUGAUUUCAGGAGAGUAUUUAAACUUCUAUAUUACAGAGGUAAAGCUAAGUGGCCUCUGAGAAAGUAUAUUCACAUAUAUAUUUUAUUGAGAGGUUGUGAUUGGCUGAUAGGUUGAGGUGACCGUGGUUACAGUUUGUGAAUGGAACACUGAUUGUAAAAAAAAAAGAGUUAAAUCUUGCCUAUUGGCUAUGAUGUAAUAAAGGCCCUGAUUGGUUGAAAGUCACUAUGGGUUAUAAUACAUGUAUGUGUGAUGAUCAGCAGUUGUGAUCAUGGAGAGGUCGAGGGUCAAUUGGCUGAUUGAUUUUGCAACUGCCUCCAAUAACAAUAAUUUUCCUGUUUCUCGUUCUGUGUAGGCCGAUGUAUUUAACAAAAACAAAUUAUACUACUGUGAAGUCUGAUUUUGUUUUUAUUUAUCAUCGCUAGAAUCAAGUCUCCUGUAAAAUAGUGAAACCUUAAGUAACUUUAUACCUUUUUAUGAAAUAUAAUUCUGCCACAAAAUAGCAACAUCAGUAUUGGAUCCAUGAUCAAAUCCUUCUCCUUGGACCAAACGGAUAGCUCACAGUCCAUGAAAUGGUGAUGUCAUACCAGCCCAUGAAAUGGUGAUGUCAUACCAGCCCAUGAAAUGGUGAUGUCAGCAAGGUCUGCACCAGCAUAUCUUUAACAGCCGACCCAUGUUAGCAGUCAGCCAUUAUAUCAACUCUGCACUGAUCUCCAGUCAGAAUGAAUGAUGGUAACAGGUCUUUAUUUGUGCGUACACAUUUCUUUUGUGUUUAGUUGACAUUUUAUUUCCUGCUUUUGGUUGACAAUCAUUCACCUCCUUUCCCAGAAUACAUUAUGAUCUGUUAUGGCUUCUUUGGGUUCUUUUUCUUUUCCAGCAGUCAGAGUUAUUGAGUCGUCUGAUAGGUUUGACUUUUACCUGCUUCUUUAUUCAAGUUUUAUUGUACAUAUUUAUUCUCUAACAUGUUUCAUAUUAUACUUGCAUCUUGAAAUGGAAUAAAAACUUUAUACUCCAA